GGGUGCCUGCGGCUGGCUGAAGGCUGACGUGUCUGCCGUUUCCCGGGGUCGGUGGGGUGAGAGAAGCGGCGAUGGCGGACGCCUGGGAGGAGAUCCGGCGGCUGGCGGCUGACUUCCAGCGAGCGCAGUUUGCGGAGUCCACGCAAAGGUUGUCAGAGCGGAACUGCAUUGAGAUUGUGAAUAAAUUGAUCUCUCAGAAACAGCUGGAAGUAGUCCAUACACUUGAUGGCAAGGAAUAUAUCACUCCAGCCCAAAUCAGUAAAGAAAUGAGAGAUGAGCUUCAUGUCCGAGGCGGUCGAGUAAAUAUUGUCGACUUACAACAGGCUAUCAAUGUGGACCUGACUCAUAUUGAAAAUAGAGUCAGUGACAUUAUUAAGUCAGAGAAGCAUGUGCAAAUAGUACUGGGACAACUGAUAGAUGAGAACUAUCUGGAUCGGUUAUCAGAAGAGGUGAAUGAUAAAUUGCAAGAAAGUGGUCAAGUAACUAUCUCAGAACUAUGUAAAACCUAUGACCUUCCUGGGGAUUUUCUGACACAGGCGUUAACUCAGCGACUUGGUCGGAUCAUCAAUGGCCAUCUUGAUCUUGAUAACAAAGGAGUGAUUUUCACUGAGGCUUUUGUGGCUCGCCAUAAAGCUCGCAUCCGUGGACUCUUCAGUGCUAUUACCCGGCCUACAGCAGUAAACUCUUUGGUUUCAAAAUAUGGAUUUCAGGAACAGCUCCUUUACUCUGUGCUUGAGGAACUCGUGGGCACCGGCCGCUUACGAGGCACCGUGGUUGGUGGGCGACAGGAUAAAGCAGUGUUUGUCCCUGACAUCUAUUCCAGGACCCAGAGUACUUGGGUGGAUUCCUUUUUCAGGCAGAAUGGCUAUCUAGAAUUUGAUGCUUUAUCCAGACUUGGAAUCCCAGAUGCUGUGAACUAUAUAAAGAAAAGGUAUAAGAAUACACCACUCUUGUUUUUGAAGGCGACUUGUGUUGGCCAAGGACUCGUGGACCAAGUGGAAGCAUCAGUAGAGGAAGCCAUCAGCUCAGGGACAUGGGUUGACAUUUUGCCUCUGCUACCCAGUUCCUUGUCAGUUGAAGAUGCUGCUAUGCUGCUUCAGCAGGUGAUGAGACCAUUCGGCAAGCACGCUUCAGCUACAGUCUUUAGUGACACAGUUGUGGUCAGUGAAAAGUUCAUAAAUUACUGCACAGAACUGUUCAGUGAACAGAUGCACCAAAAAGCUGAAAAGGAAAUGAAAAAUAAUCCUGUGCAUUUAAUCACUGAAGAAGAGCUGAAACAAAUUUCCAUUUUAGAAAGUGUUAAUACAAAUAAAAAGGAUAAAAAGGAUGAGCGCAGGAAGAAAGCAACAGAGGGCUCUGGAAGUGUAAGAGGAGGAGGAGGGGGCAAUGCCAGAGAAUACAAGAUUAAGAAAGUCAAGAAGAAGGGAAGAAAAGACGAGGACAGUGAUGAGGAGUCUCAGUCGUCGCAUGCUGGAAAGAAGAAGCCGGACAUCACCUUCAUGUUCCAGGAUGAAAUUGAAGAUUGCUUAAGGAGACACAUUCAAGAUGCCCCUGAGGAGUUUAUUUCAGAACUUGCAGAGUACUUAAUAAGGCCUCUUAAUAAAAUGUAUCUUGAGGUAGUACGUUCAGUCUUCAUGUCUUCAACGUCUGCUUCUGGAACUGGCAGAAAACGUACAAUCAAAGACUUACAAGAAGAGGUUUCAAACCUAUACAAUAAUAUCAGAUUAUUUGAAAAGGGGAUGAAAUAUUUUGCAGACGACACACAGACUGCUCUUACCAAGCACUUGCUGAAGACAGUGUGUACCGAUAUCACUAACCUCAUGUUCAACUUCCUAGCCUCAGAUCUAAUGAUGGCGGUGGAGGACCCUGCAGCCAUCACGAGUGAUAUAAGAAAAAAAAUUUUAAGUAAAUUGACAGAAGAAACCAAAGUAGCUCUCACAAAACUCCACAACUCUCUGAAUGAAAAAAGCAUAGAAGACUUCCUGUCUUGUCUGGAUUCUGCAACAGAAGCCUGUGACAUUAUGGUGAAAAAGGGAGACAAGAAAAGGGAAAGGCAAAUCCUAUUCCAGCAUCGACAGGCUCUGUCUGACCAGCUGAAGGUUACAGAAGACCCUGCUCUGAUUUUACACCUCACAUCAGUCCUGUUAUUUCAGUUCUCAACCCACAGCAUGCUCCAUGCACCUGGAAGAUGUGUCCCACAGAUCAUCGCUUUUCUUCACCACAAAAUCCCAGAGGAUCAACAUACUCUCUUGGUAAAAUAUCAAGGAUUGGUUGUGAAGCAGUUAGUCAGUCAAAAUAAGAAGAGUGGGCAGGGAGAGGAUCCGUCAAGCGAUGAAUUAGAUAAGGAACAACAUGAUGUCACCAAUACUACUCGGAAAGAGCUUCAGGAUCUGUCGUUAUCCAUUAAGGACCUUGUUCUCAAGUCCAGGAAGUCAUCUGUGACAGAGGAGUAAUGCCCCUGAUUUUCUUUUGUUACAUAGUAUCUUCCCCAAAGUAGAUGAGUGAUCACAGAAUUAGUCACUCAGCAAACCCAACUCUCCCCUGUAAACCCUCCCCACAAAAUUCAAACGAAACAGUGGUAUUGUGAUAGGUGCAAAUCUUAUGGGAAGCUUUACUGCUAAGUUCUCCAUGAAACAUUUUCUUUUCACGUAAUCCUAUGUGUAAUUUUUAUAUAAUAAAAGUUCUUCAAAGAGUUCUGAAUCUAGAACAUAUUAUAUGCUUUAAUGUUCUUCCAGAUGUUAAAAUGAAGAAUAAAAUAGAAAAUCUUUUAUCUCUAGAAAAGUACUUGUUUGCUAUUUAAUUUAUAUGGUAUAUUUUUUACAAGGAAAAAUAUUUAUAUGUCUGAAAUAAAAAUGAAUCCGUUUCACUUUUAAAUUUAUAGAGAAUGCUGCAGAACUAGAGACUGUCAAAAAUAUUUUGUCUCACUAAGCUCCGGAUCUUGCUUUUGACAGAUAGAAGGGCCCUGCAUGAAUGUCUCCAAAGGCCUCAGAAGUGGUUUAACAAAUGAGAACACUGACCAAGCAUGCACUGCUGUGUUCCUAUAAAGCAAGCUGCAGGGCACAGCGAGGGAGAGCAUGAGGUAGCCUGCAAGACCGUGCAAAGCACGUGUGUAUUUGAGUGGCUGAAAGAACAGAGAUGUUUCUGUCAUUAGCCCAGUUUAGAGAUCUAAGGUUUGGUUGUUUGAUUUCGGUGACUGCUCUUUGUUGGAACCUGUAUAACAGCUAGCUAGGCUGUUCUAAUGAACACAGAAUCUGUGUGUGUUUAAACCGUGCAGAAAUUUUAUUCCAAAAGUAGACAUGUUUAAAAGUUGAAUUUUUGUUUUCUGUGAUUAUUAGGUAAGUUGUACUAAAACAGUUCCUUGGAAAAAUAAUUUAAACCAAGUUGUAAGCAACAUCCUAUUGUCAAUGUUUAAGGAAUGCUAUUUUACAUAAUGUCAACAGAAUGUUUAUAUUUAAAAUGUUUAAAUACACAAGACUACCUCUUUUCUGAAA